AUGGCGUGGAUGCGGUGUGAUGCCAUGAUCAAAGGAUGGCUCACUACCGCCAUGGACAAGGAGAUACGAAGCAGUGUGAAGUAUGCCAAUACUGCUCUCAAAAUAUGGAAUGACUUAUACGAAAGAUUUGGGAAGGAAAGUGCUCCAAGAGGAUAUGAACUCAAAGGUAUAUGGGAUGAAAUAGAUUCCGUUUUGCCGACUCCUCGAUGUGAAUGCAAUGGUUGCACGUGUAAUAUCGGAAAGAAAAUUACCGAUCUCAAGGAAAAGGAAAGACUCUAUGAGUUUUUAAUGGGUCUUGAUACUGAAUUCUCAGUCAUGAGGACCCAAAUACUAGCCACCAAGCCGACGCCAAGCCUCAGGACAGCCUACCAUCUGGUAGCGGAAGAUGAACAACAGCGAAAUAUUGUUGCUGGAAGAAAGACUACGACCACUCCGGAUGCCGCUGCCUUCCAAGUCUCACAAGUCAGCCGUGAGAAUCAGAGUCACAAAAAGGGCUGGCAAAAGACCGACAAGACAAGCUCUAACAACAAAUCCGGACACUGCACUUUUUGUGGCAAAGAUGGACACAUUAGAGACGGGUGCUUCAAGCUUGUCGGAUACCCAGACUAG